UCUCCCAUUGUUUUACGCUUAUACUCUACAUAUAUUUAAUGUUCUAUGCCGAAAUGAAUGGCGCAUUAUUACGAACAUAGAAUUAGAGGUUAGUCGAUGCUCCGAAAGAUUAGCCAUAUUUCAUACUACGAGACUAAAACACAAGGCGACAGCGAUGUGAUUACGUUGAUGUAUAAUUAAUGAAUUAAUGAUGUAUAAUUCUUCUGGCGUAAUAGUGUAAACAACCUGUUUUUCAAGCCUUGCGUAAGAUAGAACAAUCUAAUAAUCAUGCAGUCUGAUGAAGAGCUAUCAGAAGAUGAGGAAGAAAUGCUCGUAUAUGUCGAGUUUGAAGGGCUUGUCGGCAGUAAUGUCUUCAAUAACAAAGAACUUCAACUAGAUAUGAUUGGAAUAGAUACGGAACAUCCUACAAUGCAAAUCAAUGGACGGUUUUAUGAAGGUACUUAUGAAGAUGCUGUAGGCACGUAUAUGUUCUUCGAAAAAGAUGACAAUCCACAAGUGGAUGAUGUUGUAUUUGACAAAGUGCCGAAUCUAAAAUAUUUUGCUAAAACGAGAAAGGUACUAAAGAUGCAGAGAGUUUUUACAAAACCAAGAGUCGAGGUUCUUGGUGAUUCUGAACAUGAUGGCUGUACUCCGAAUAUUGAUACAUUAUCACAAGCUGGAGUUCCUCCAAAAUAUCAAGAUGAAGCUCUCCAAUUUUGGAACAAAGUACGUGAUGACAGACUAGAAGAGUUAAGUACGUAUUUGGAGAAACAAAAGAUUAGAGAAGAAAAGAAAUCUAAAGGUAUUGAGCCUGAUUCAGAGUCUGAUGAGAAUAGUUCAUUUUUAACGCGUAAAACCAAGGAAAAAUCAAAAGAAACAUGAUCAAAUGUGAAGAUCUAUUUAUGUGGAAGAAUAAAUUUUUCAACCAGCAUUA